AUGCAAGACGACGUGGAAUUUGACGAAAAUUGUGACCCAAACAAUCCGCGAAAAAUCAAAUAUGACGAUAUCUUGGCUGCAUCAAAAAGAAUUUCUGGAUUCGUUGUAAAAACUUCAUGUACGAAAGCCCUAAUGUCUGACAGACUAGGCAUGGAUAUAUACCUCAAACAGGAGUUUAUGCAAUACACGGGAUGCUAUGAUCAUCCGAAUGUAAUAGAAGGACAAGGAACCAUAGGAAUUGAAAUAAUGGAACAAGUAUCAGGAAUUGACGCCGUUUUGGUACCAGUUGGGGGAGGUAGUCUGAUAGCCGGUAUUGGCAUAGCAGUCAAACAUUUGAAACCAGACACCGAAAUCUAUGGAAUUUGUACAGAGAAAGCGUGCAGCAUGGUCGAGGCUUUGAAGAAAAAUGAGAGAGUAUCAGUAACAAUCGACUCCACUAUAGCCGAUGGUUUAGGUGUAAAUAUGGUCGGUGUAAAUUCAUUCUACAAUAUUAAAGGAAUGGUGGAUAAAAUGGUGGUUGUUAAGGAAGAUUGGGUGGCUCGCGCAAUAAUGCACACAGUCGAAGAAGAAAGAUUCGUUGUAGAAGGAGCUGCCGCAGUUACUAUAGCUUCCAUAAUGGCGGGAUUGUUUCCAAAUCUGAAGGGAAAAAAAGUCGUCUGCAUUUUGAGCGGUGGCAACAUAGACACGUCAAUCCUGGCAAGAGCUUUAGAACGUGGAAUGGCUGCUGAAGGUCGCUUGGUAAAGUUUAAAGUGACUGUAACCGACCGUCCCGGAGGAAUGGCUGAGCUCUGUGGCAUGUUGGCAGCCCUGGGGGUCACACUGCGAGACUGUAUCCCCGAAAGAGCCUGGGUCAAAGGCGAUGUCUUUAGUUGCGAACUGAAAAUCAUAGCAGAAACAAGAGGUUGGGAUCACACAAAGGAAUUAGUUGAACAUGUCAAGAAACAUUACAAGGAAUACUAUUUCCCAGAGAUGGGUGACAGUCAGACCAAAUCGCCGAGCGCUAGACGAGGACCCUGUUUGGCUCCUAAUCCUGUGUGCAUGCAAAAAUAA